GCGCAGCCGGUAAGGCUGCUACUAUUAAUGCAACAACACCAAGCAUAAGACAUACCAAUGCCAAGAUCAAGGCAAGGUGGAGGUUCGAACUUGAACCAACUCCGGAAAAUGAGCCGCGCGGGAGGUGAGAUGACUCCACCUCUCACGCCGCCGGAUUCGGCCGCCUUGCUAGUGGCCUCGUACACAUCCGAGGAGAACGUGGAUGUUGCAAGUCCUCGAUUUACUAACGAGGAUUACGUUGUCCACCUGGUCCCACCGUUGGACCAACCACUCCAUGUGCAAGACUCCACCACAUGCACAAUUUCAUCACCAUUGGCAACCGAUUCGACAGCUUCGUCACCAACUUUCGUCGGGCACUCGAUGUCAUCGUCAAGACUUGAGGAACUCGACCCGUUGACGAUCGUGGACUUCCAAUGGAUGCCCCUUCCCCCGACAAGUCGAUUGUCGAAACCACAUUGCAACACGCUCAUGGCACAAUUGCGGGAGUACUUGCACAUUGCAGUACCAGCUCUGUUGAUAGACGUCGGAGUAGAGGUUGUCGACGUUCGUGACAACCUUGCGAAGAUCGACCGCGAGUUCAAGACACAACGGUUCAUGCUCAUCUACCUCGACGAUAUCUUGGUGUACAGUCGGAGCUUGGACGAGCAUGUGGACCACCUAUGAAAUGUCUUGGAGCGGCUACAACAAGCCAAGAACAAGGCCAACCGCAACAAAUGUGAAUUCACGCG